AUGACGAGUAAUACUAAUAAUAAAACUGAUCCAAGUGAAAAAUUAUACGAGGUGUUUUUAUAUAAGAAAAAGGAUAUAACAGCUAUUCAGAAAAAACUAGGUAUUAACAGUAAUAUAAAUCAAAUGGCAGUGUCAGAAAGCAAGAAAGUGAAAAAACUUGCUGAUUCAUAUGAAUUGUUAUUAGAAUUGGUAGGGGAUUUAAUAGUUAUACAGGGGAAACUUGAUAUAGAUAUCAAUCCCAUUUUAGAAGCAGAACUUAGAAGGGAUAAAAUCUCUUCAGAUAAAUCAAUUAGAUUAUUUGAUUUGCUUUCAUGCUUAGAAGAUAAUAUAGUGAUAAUUCAGGAAAAAAUCAGUAUUGUUGGUUAUACUAAUCAAGAAAGGACAGAAGAAGCUGAUGAAAAUGCAAGAGU